AUGACAGAUAGUGAUUAUAAUAUCGUGCGUCAAUAUCUUACGAAAGCAAUGCAACCAAAAUUGAAUUGGUACAGAUCAACUAUUGCUAAUGUUGAUUGGGAAGACGAAAGAAAUAUCGAUCCAACUAUUCGACGUUCAAUUCUCUUUAUGAGAGGAAAGCAGAUCGAUAUCUGUCGUGAAACAUCUCUUGCAAAACAAAAUUCAUUUACGCCCGAUAUUGAAAUAAUUGAUUUCGAUACUGGCCAUUGGUUAAUGGAAGAGCAGCCUGAAGCAAUUAAUCAAGCCAUCGAAGAAUGGAUUAAAAAAAUUCUAUAA